AUGCCAUUUUACAACAAAGAUUUGCCGUGUGUUAGAACGAAAGACCACUGCUCAAGGUGUCAUCGAGCAUUUACUGAUAAGGAAAGUUUGAUACAACAUUUAAAACACAACUCAAAACACUUUGUUCCCGAUGUACCCGAAAGUUGCAUUCACUGUGGAAGAUCCUUCUCCUGUACAGAAGCUUUAAUCCAACAUCUAAACACUAACCGACAUCAUCUAAGAGAUCUGCAUCACGCUGCGUGUACUGGUAAAUUUCAAGUUGUUGACAGCCUUAUGAGAAAUGAGUACGCCAACGAACCGGGAGAUUCCCAUCGACCUUGUUCGAAAUCCCAGAUGGGAUUCACGCCGAUGCACUGUGCCACCUUCGGUGGCCACUACGAAUGCCUGAAGAUUAUACUCAGUUGGUCAGAUGGGGAGCCAAAUGUUCCUGAUCCUAAGGAUGGUAAAACACCUGUCCAUCUUGCUGCUUGGAGGGGACAUGCCAAUUGCCUCAAGUUGCUACUCAUGAAUGGAGGCGACUUACAUAGACCUGACCAAAAUGGAGAUACUCCGUUAUCCUUGGCAUCCGAUCAUCAGGGCUGUUUGUCCAUAAUAUUAUUCCAUCUUGCCGGUGAGUGGUGCACAUCCGAGCACUUAAUUAUAUGCCUGAUUUUUCGUUAACUUCACUCUCUAAAUUCGUUAUCUGAUACAUAAUUUAUUUUCUGUAUUAUGUCUUUAAAUCUUUUUUUAAAUAAACCUAUGCUAAUCUCAAAGUGAUUACCUUAAUAUAUCUAUCUCAAAACCUAAAAUUGUUGUCAUUCGUUGGUCAACGAACUAUGCGCGGGGCAACAGCUGGUUUUCAUUCGCGACAGAAAUAUUUCCAAGCAAUUGAACAUGUAUUGAACAGACUUCAUCACCAAAAUAGUUUUCAGCAGCAGCUCAAUAUACGUCGUGUAGAGGAGGUCAUUGCAGACUGCGAGGGCAGUGAAAGAAGCCAUACUGGAAAUCAAGUGCAACCGUUUCAAUUAAACAGCGAAAUUGAAGGUAUUAAGUGAAAUUGUGUACACGUCUGUGAUGCUGUGGUGUGGUGUAUAACUGCAGUUCCAGUCCACUUCUGUAAUCAGAUAUUUAUUAUGUGUAAUUAAUUGUUUUCACGGUUGGCCUGUAUUCAGUCAGUGAUAUUAGAGGUGAUCCUUAUUGUUUCAAAAAGUGAACAGAACGUGAUACUUCUCGCAAAUAUAUGAUUAGGGGUGCAACGACCGUGGUGAAUAUAAGUCAGAUUAGAGCUUCCUAAGCCUCACUUUUGUUGAAUAUGGUAACGAAAAGCCACUUGAAGUGCUGUCGGAAAUCCUCAAGCUUUUAAUAUGAACCCUAGUCUUAAGCAUCGUACUUGUUAUUUUCUUUAUGUCUCAGUCAUUUCGGUAGGUAAACGCUGGACUCAAGUUAACCACAUCCAGACACAUGAGUGAUCAUCGUUUGGAACCUACGUAGAUAAUAUUACCGAUCCAUUUAUUCAGCCAAGAGAGGAUAAAGCUCUCUGAUUCAACAUUACAGGCAAAAACAAUUCUGCUCUUACUAAGUUGUUGUUUUUUUGUCUCGAAUCAGAACUGUGCAGUAAACCAUAUGAAGUUCUUGCCAGGGAAAAGAAACAUUAGAAAUCUUCAACCAAGCCCUUCAUAAAGGCAAAGCGAAGGUGGCUCGACUCCAGCUCACAGUUAUUGGAGAUGUUGGGGCGGGAAAGACAAGCCUUGUUCGAAAUCUCAGAGGAGAGGAUUUUGUGGAAGAAAGAAUCGAGACUCGUGGAAUCGAUACUUCAAUGGUUGAGGUGACAGAACUUGAUGAUUCUUGGCAUGUAACAGACCUGAACAAGUCUUUUGUAGAUGAAAUUUUAACAGAUAGAGUUUGUGAAGGGUUCAAAAAUUCCAAUGAGGCCAAAGGGGGUUCAGCUGUGUAUCAAUCGAGUUUUUCAGAUCCAGGACCCUCGUUGCCAUGUCAAAAGAGACGCCAUCCACCUUCCAGAAGGCGACUUCCAAGCAUCGAAUGUGGUCCUGCACACCAAGAGGGUGAUGCCAGCUCUGAUGAUGCUGAUGACCAAACAAGCCUGGUCCCCUUCACGAGAUCUAGAAGUGCGCAGACACCUACGAGAGACAUACCGGGAGACCUAAUUACAAGGAAACUGAGUGAAGCUUCGCUGGAACUCAAAGAAAAAAAUACAUCAAAUUAA